ACUAGUGGAAGUGACGUCACUGAUCACUGACAUAAAAUUGCUCAGAAAUUAGAAAUGGCUGCGCCAGGUAGUGGACGGGGGACGAUGGAUUCCCAAAAUCAAGUGCAAAGUGAUAAUGUAGAUCGUUUAAAAUUGCUUUAUCCCAAUGUUAACGAAGAAGAAACGCCUUUGCCAAGAUCGUGGAGUACUAAGGACAAAUUUAGCUACAUUGGAUUGUCUCAAAAUAAUCUUCGAGUCCAUUACAAAGGUGGGACGCAGGGUCCGGGCCGCAGACCCCACCUGCCCUACCUCCACUUACGCCUCUGGAUGUAUCGUCACGGUAAAACACACAAGGACGCGGCGAGCGUCCGCGCCACUCACCCGAUACCGGCCGCCUGCGGUCUUUACUACUUCGAGGUGCGCAUCGUCUCCAAGGGUCGCGACGGAUACAUGGGCAUCGGACUGUCUGCCCACGGAGUCAACAUGAACAGACUGCCUGGUGAGCAGACUGGCUGGGACAAGCACUCGUACGGCUACCACGGCGACGACGGCCACUCCUUCUGCUCCUCCGGCACCGGGCAGCCGUACGGGCCCACCUUCACCACCGGUGACGUCAUCGGCUGCGGAGUCAACCUCGUGGACAACACAUGCUUCUAUACGAAAAACGGACACCAUCUGGGCAUCGCCUUCAGGGGAUUACCUCCGAACCUGUACCCAACCGUGGGUCUCCAGACGCCGGGCGAGGUGGUGGACGCGAACUUCGGCCAGCAGCCGUUCGUGUUCGACAUCGAGGAUAUGCUGCGCGAGCUCAGGGCCAGGACCCGCCUCGCCAUCGACGAGUUCCCGCUGCCCGACGACCAGGGCCAGUGGCAGCAGGUGUUGCACAGAAUGGUAUCCACAUAUCUGGUGCACCACGGCUACUGCAGUACAGCGCAGGCGUUCGCCCGCGCCACCUCACAGCCCAUACAAGAGGACGUGACCAGUAUCAAGAAUAGACAGAGAAUAUCGAAGCUGGUGCUGUCGGGGCGCAUCGGGGACGCGAUCGAGCUCACGCGGCGGCUGUUCCCCGCGCUGCUGGAGCGCGACGCCGAGCUGCUGUUCCUGCUCAAGUGUCGCCAGUUCGUGGAGAUGGUCAACGGCUCGGACGCCCAGGGUUGCGGCGAGUCAUCAACGACGUGCACGUGUGCCGAGGGCGACUGCACGGCGCCCGCCGCCAGCAACGGCGUGUGCGCGACCGUCAUCUCGCACACCAGCCGCGAGAGGUCGCCGCACGCCGCUUCUAACGGUGUAACUGAGUCUAGUUCUCUCCGUCGGUCGGAAAAUUGCGACGUGGAGAUGGCGACGGACACGCGCCCGCCGGCCAACGGCGCGCACGCAGGUUGCGAGGUGGUCGUGAAGGGAAUGCCCGGCGUCACCGCCAGUGUGGCUGCGCUUCUGGCCGACUAUACAGAAGCGGAAGGAGGCUGCGGCGCUCGCGCAUCCGUAGAGCGUAUGCUCGCGUUCGGACGGGAGUUGUACGCGAUGUCGCAGAAACUACAACAGGAUCUAUACCACAAGUCUAUGUUAGAGGACGCGUUCAGCCUGCUGGCGUACAGCAACCCGUGGGACAGCCCCGUGGGCUGGCAGCUGGAGCCCGUGAGGCGCGAGGCCGUCUGCGAAGCCCUCAACUCCGCCAUAUUGGAAUCCCUGAACCAGCAGUGGAUCUCGCCGGUGGAGGCGUGCGUGUCGCACUCGCGCGAGCUGGUGCGGCGCAUGUCGCGCGCGGGGCUCGGCGCCUGCGCCUUCGCCGACCUCGGCGCGCUGCUCACGCGCUGACCGCGCGCCCGCGCCGCGCGCCGCGCCCGCCGCCCGCGCCGCCCGCAGUGACCGUGCGGACUUCCGGGAAUAUACUGAUCUAUUACGGACGAUGAGGACGAAAAGUGCAACCGUUCGCAACAACUGAUCUGAUAUAAUGCGGUCAACUUUGUAGUGAGGUUAUGUUUGUCCAGUUGAAAGAACUACUCUGAUGUGAAGAUGCGAAUUUUAUAUGAUGAACCACCGGUCUUGAUGGAUUUCAUGUUUUAAUUAUUGAAUAAAAAUGUGAUGGUGAAAAGAUUAAAAAUAACUUUCUAUUUGGAUAUAUUGGUAAAGGAAAUCAGAUAAAAACUGAAAACAGUAUAAGGAAAUUGUCCGAAAAUCACAUAAACCGAAACAGCAUAAUUACUUCAGUAUGAAAAUUGUGAAAACAAAAGUUUAACCUGAAAAUUAAUAACAUUGGAAUUGAAAAUACCACGCACAUUUUACUAGAAUAUAAAUACAGUAAUACCUCGGACUUACGCGAUAGGUGGGACUGAGCGCUAUCCGCGUAAGUCGAAUUCGCGUAAGUCGGGGUACAAUUUUGCAUAUAAAGACAUACAAAGUAUAUUUAAUUGGGACUGGAGACUAAAUAAAACAAUAAUUUAGGAAAUAAUUAGUAUCUAAUUUUAGAUAAUAUGACAAACUAUAUUAAUAGAGUGUAUAAACACAAUCCGAAGUUAUUUUGAUGUAGAAGGUUUCAUAAAUUGUAACAAAGUCGUCUGACGAGUCAAUGAUUUUUUCUUCUCCCGUAAUAUCGCCUCGUAGCAUCCUAGUAGUUUUUUUAUUCUAUGUUUUGUAACAAAAAUGCGCUCUUCAUUGGAGUCUAUGUUUUCCAAAAUUGUUAACCCUUUUUCAAUCGAACUGAGGGCUUCUGUCAAGUUUCCAACUGUCAUUUGAUCUUCUAAUUGAACUGGAUCCAAAGAAUCAUGUUUAUCAAUUUCUUCCUCUUGUUCACGCAUUGUCAUGAGCUCAUCAAUUGUAAGCUCCUCAUUGUAUGAAUCCAACAGCUCUUGAACAUCAUCACUAUCCACUUCUAAAUUUAUUUUUCUACCAAGUGAAAAGAGUCGGUUCUACUUCGUUUGGAUGCCAUAGUACUUAGUAAAUAUCUCAGGUCGUCGCACAACGCACAAAAAAACACAAAAUCGUAACUUAUGUACCUACGCGCCGAUUCCGCACUACACGUCUGUGCCUGUUGUUAACUGAACGAAUAAUAAUGCAGGCGGGAGGAGUCAGAAACAAACGCCGACGCUUUACCUUGACUACGCGACGUUCAAACAGAAAACGAAUAGACGAGAAAAUUAAAUCGCGUAACUCCGAAUUCGCGUAAGUCGAGGUAGCGUAAGUCGGGGUAUUACUGUAAAAAAUAUGACCAUCUGGACUAUUGUUAAACGUGUCGAUUCGAUCAAAUAUUCUACAAGACCUUUUACAAAUAAAUCUGCAACUGAACAACGAACACAUCUUCAUUGGCUGGAUUCACUUCACUGCCAAAGACCGAUAUACAUAAAGACCGAAACGAUGACAAUGUGCAGAAAACUCCUAAUAAACAAGGGACUAUCAAAUAAAUAUAGCGAAUUUGAAGCUAUGAAGCUUAAUUCGUGUGUAUUAUAACCAAUGUAAUGCUUACGAGCUUUAUAAAAUAACGCACUUGUACGCAAUAUUUAAAGGAAGCAUUAUAUUAUUACCUGCGUGUUCUUUAACGGACGGAUCGAUUGACUUUUGUAUAUAGGGAUCUCGUGACGCGAUCCGAAAUUAACGCACAGACGUUGCCUUAUGUGAGCGAGCGUGGCGAGCGACAGAACUUCAAGUGUCAAAACGGUCUAAUAGUGUUUUUUUUUUAAUGUGAUGUCCACGAUUUUUUUCCAAUCAAUUAAUUUGUUUUGUAUAAGUUUAUAAGUAAGACGUUUUUUGCGGACGCCGCGAGAGAUCCGUGUGUAUAGUGAUGCGGCGAUUGGACGUUGCUAGUUUAGUGCAAAUUGCGAACUCACUGAUGCGUUGUGUAUAUUGUAUGUCGUAUGUUCUUAUAUAUUAACGGUAUAGAAAUAUAAAUAUUGUAACGGUGGGUCGGGGCACUGACGUCGAUGUUCAAAUAUAUAUAUAGUUACAUACUUAUUGUGGAUCCAAGUUUGAUUUAGACGCAAUCAAUGAAGAUAAUUUUAAAUAUUGACAGCGAAUGUGACAGCGCAUUUGAUGAUUUUAAUUAAUGUAUAAUACUGAUUCAGAUUUGAUCUUAUUACCAAAUUAUAUCCAAAACAUUAGUCUUUUUUAACAGGUGUUAAAAUAGGUCUCAGUUUUUUGUUGACACUGGAGCCACCGCAGAUAAUAUUGUCAAAUGUCGUUUCAUACUACAGCCCACCACGGCGGACAUUGUUGAAUCUUGAAUUCAGACUUAGAUUAUACUUUUUUCUAUACUUAGUAAAAUAGUUAAAAGUAAUAAAAAAUCUUUUAUUUUGUUCCAACAAUCGUACACGAGAAAUACACAGGUCAAUAAUAAAUUGUCACCAACACCGAUUAAAAGAAACUACUCUCGAAACGUCAAAUUUGACAUUUUAUUGUGUUAAUUUCAUUCAACAAUUAAUUUAUUUACUUUGAUGUUUUUUUUAAAGGUAUGUUGCUGAAAAUAGCGAUAACAUAGUAAACAAGUGUUUGUGAAUGAUAAUUUUUGACGUGACAACGUCUUAUAAUUGGAUUGAGCAGGAAAAAACAUGACUCAUGCGGCGUUACCUCGCUCUGAGGCGUUCCAUGUAAGGCUUGAAGUGCAAGCGAGAGCGCGGAACGAGCGACAAAGAGGCACAAUCGGUCUUCGCGUUUGGCAGUGUAUACCUCCUUCGCUAUAUAGCUAUAUACAUACAAAUCUAUUAAACAAAUGGAAGUAAAAUUUUCUUUUGAAAAAUGCUACUAUUCCAUCAGUGUUUUCUUAAGACGUUGUCACGUUCAGAUAUCGUCAGUAAACCGACAUUUUACCCACACUCGAUAUCCCAAGACGUAGUGCCAUGCAUCACUCAUCGACGUAAGUGUCGCCGAAAUUAAUAUAGAGUUUUAUGAUACGCGAAUCGGAUCGAGUUAGACAGAAUAAGAUUAUGAAGUGUUACCACUGCUUUUAGACUUUACCUGCGUCCCUUAGUGUGCAUGCUUGUGUGUUUGUUACGUAGAUUCGAUAUAUGUUAGCAGUGGAUUGGCAUUAAAAUAACUUUUAUAAUUUGACUUGAAUUUUUUAGCAUCCUUUUAAUAUUAGACUUAGCCGUGAUUAUGCCUAUUAUGACAUAGCUGACGACUGCGGUGGCCCAUCGGAUAUUGAAUCUUAUGCGUUGGCAAUAAAGUUCAAAAGCCAUACAACAUAACUUUUGAAACUUGUUAAAACAUGUUCUUUAUUGUUUUUUUGUACUGCUGAUGUAAUGCUAACGUGUAUUGGAUCUAUGGUAUUAAGAGCAGGGGUAACACCCCGACGUACGAACCAUGUCGGGGUUGUAUAUGAACCGAUUUAUAUAAACAUCAUUACCAUUACAUAUAUUUAUCUUUAAAGAUAAAAAUUUAAUUAUUAUUGUCCAGUCUUUCAUAUUUUGAAUUCGUGUAUAACUUUUUGCAUGUAGAUGAAAUCAAUUUUAUUAAAAAAAAUAAAAAAAAUAAGUAACGUUAACAGUAUUCCUUGGCUUGUAGCUCUAUUUUCUUAAUAAUUAAAACUGAAAUGAAUUGUUUUUUUUUAUAAUAUUCAAACAAAUUAUCCUGAAAUCAACUAACUUCUAGGCAUGCUAAAAAUACCGGAUCAUCAAAAUUUUUUUCUAAAUAUAUUAUUGAUGUGCGUAAGUCGGUUCGUUUGCAAUUACGGGUGUGAAUGUUCGCUAAAAGCCAACGCCUGUGAGCGUUAUGGGCGACGAAAUCGCUGCGAAUUGCGUUUUUGUCGCAAUCGAGUUGUGUUCGAGUCGCUUUCGAGUUAAGUUCGAGUUUUGAUGAAAUGCGCGCGAGUUCGCCGCCCAUGGUUGCGCUCUGUAAAGAUGAUUCUACAAUAUUGUUCUUAUAUUGUAUUGUUUUCUUUUUUUAAUAAUAUAUUGUGUUUAAACUCG